UUCUCUUAAGGUUCCUCAUGUCAAUGUACAGUUUUACCCAUUAGCAAAACAGCUAUGUACUGUUGUAGAACGUCUUUGUUUGCUACAUUUGUAUAGAAAUGAACUAAUUCUCAACCUCAAAUGAUAAUUGUACAUUAACAGGUGAUGCACAUGUCAUAUCACAUCUGAGGAUUGUGCUACUUGGCAACAGAGCGGCUGGAAAGAGUUCAACAGGAAACACCAUUCUGGGAAAGAGGCAUUUGCCUUGAAGAGAUCUGCCCAAUGUGUGAAGAGAGAAGGGGUGGUGUUAAGCAGGCAGGUAACGGUCAUUGAGGCACCAGGUUGGUGGAAGAACUUCUGCAUAAAGCACACACCCGCGUUAAACAAACUGGAGGUUGAGAUUAGCACAUCCAUGUGUUCGCCAGGGCCUCAUGCAUUCCUCCUGAUCAUACGGUUAGAUACUACUUUCACCGAAAUGCACAGAAAAGUAGCAAAAGAACAACUAGAGCUUCUGGGUAAGAGAUGCUGGAGUCACACGAUUGUGCUGUUCACCUGUGGGGACUGGCUUGGGGACACAACCAUUGAGGAGCACAUUGAGGCUGAAGGCAUGGCUCUCCAAUGGGUGAUUGAGAAAUGUGGCAACAGGUAUCAUGUUGUAGACAAUCAGAAUAGAGGCAAUAAUGCACAAGUCACAGAACUUCUGGAGAAAAUAGAGGACAUGGUUGGAGGACGUGAUGAUUGCUAUUAUGAAAUGGACAAAAUAGACAUUUCACAAAUUCCUCGAUUUCAGCCAGAUGUUUAUCCAGAUGAUUAUUUUCUUCAGCAAAGACCAAAGGCAGCACUGAAGCCAGAGAUAAGUGUCAGAUUAGUAAGGGCUAGUAGUCCAUUACUCAAGGACAUGAGGGUGGUAUUGCUUGGACACACUGCUGGUGGAAAAUCCUCAGCCGUGAACACCAUCCUGGACAGACAGGAAUCUGAUGUGUCCCAAGGAAAACCCUUCUGCAUGAAGAGAGAAGGAUGCAUCGCAGGGAGACAGAUUACCUUGGUCGACACCCCAGGUUGGUGGAGUAACUCCCUGCUCCCAAACACUCCUGAAUGGACUCAGAGGGAGAUACUGCGUAGCACGUCUCUGUGUCCUCCAGGACCACACGCCGUGUUGCUGGUCAUCCGGGCGGACUGUGCAUUCCAGGAGAGGAGCCGUGUGGCGCUGCAGGAGCACCUUGGCCUUCUCAGCGUGCCUGUGUGGAGGCAUGUUCUGGUGUUGUUCACUUAUGGAGACUGGCUGGGAGACACAUCCAUUGACCAACACAUCGCGAGCGAAGGAGAAGCCUUGCAGUGGGUUUUGGAGAGCUGUGGGAACCGGUACCACGUUCUCAACAACAAGGACAGAGGAGACUUUACCCAGGUGACCAGGCUGCUAGAGAAGAUAGAAGACAUGGUGGCGGCAAAUAAUGGCAGCCAUUAUGAGAUUGACACACAGAUUCUGGCAAUGAUGAAGGAGAGAAACAGCAAUGCAAGAUGUGAGGAUUUUUUCAAGAAGACAACCAUCUUCAACCAGGAGAAGGUCACAAUAGUCAGUAGAGAGAUGAUGGGUGAAGAAAAUCACAGUAACGGCUUUGGCCCACCAAAUAUGCAAGGGGAAGUCAGCUCUGAUGCUGCCUAUGCGUCUGGGACUACUCAAUCUUUUCAAGUCAGUGAGUGUGGAAGUGGGCCGCUCUCAUCAGCUUCCUCUUUUAAGAGUUCUGGGUUCAGCUCUCUACCCAAAGCCACAGGAAACACCGGAACAUUGAACUAAUGCAUCUGUAAUAGUAUGUUUGUCAUUUUAGGGAGAAAUUAGUUGCUGUUAAGAAAGUGAUAAUAAUAAUGUAUUCGAUAUAGUGUCAUACAGCAUGCCUUGUUACUACCAAUGUGUCAAUGGCUCUGUUACUGGGGUCAAUUCCAUAUACUUCUUAACUACCUGGAACUACACUAAUUCAGGUAAUGUUACGUUUUCUUAAGAAAAAGUUUUUUUUUACAUUUUACUUUGUAAUAAUAUAUUUUCCAAAUAUGUAUUUUUGUGGACAUAGUCUGGAUGCUUUGCUAAUCAUGUCCCAAUAGGAAGGACCAGUUGCACCGAAUUGCAAUUUAUUUUUGUUGAAUGCUCAAUAAAAGCUUGAUAAAGUAAA